CUUGAUAGAGGAGAAUAAAGAGAAGGCUGUGAGAGGUCAACAUUUAGGAAGCUGAGCAGCAAAACAGCACCAACCUUCUCAGAGCAUCAUGGAGCCAGAAGCCUUAAAAAUAUGUCCUUAUAACCCAACUCACAGGAUGCCAGCCAGCAGGUUACAGUACCACCUGGCAUCAUGCAAAAAGAAAAAUCCAAACAUAGCUAAAAAGAUGGCUAACUGCAAAUAUAAUGCUUGUCAUGUGGUUCCAAUCAAAAGGCUCGAGGAACAUGAGGCUAACUGUGUCUACAGAAGUGCUACAGAUGAUGAACCAGUUAAUCUUCCCAAGUUUAUUUCUCCAAGUUUGGAGUUAACUGAAAAACUUUCUAGUGCUACCAAUCAGAUACCUGAUGCAGUUGUCUGGAAUGUAGAUAACACGGAUCACUCUUCAUUCAUUCUUAAAACUUUUACUCCAAAAAUGCUGGUUUGUGAAAGUGACUCAAGAGACCUAAAAAAAGAGGCUAUGGCUGAUAAGCAUCCUAACAACAAUAAAAAGUAGAAAAAAGGCAGAAAAACUGAUGGUGGGCCAGGGAUUUAGCUCAGUGGUUCCACCACCUGCCUCGAAAGUGGAAGGUCCUAAGUUCGAUUCCUGAUACCAAAAAAAAAAAAAAAGAAAAGAAAAACUGAUGGCGAAGUGUGGAUUAAAGAACCAACAGACUGAAAAUUUAUUUUCCAGUCUUUUUUAAGCUUUAGGGAAAUCUUAACUGUGGGGCAGGAAAUGUGAUUCAGUUGCAGAGUGCUGGCCUUGCAUGCAGGAGGCCCUGGUUUCAAUCCCCAACACAGUAAAAGAAAAAUCUUAACUGUCAAGUUUUAGGUAACAACUCUUGCAUUGGUGUCUUAAUAUGUUUUUAUUUGUUUAAAUAAAGAUUAUUUUUCCUA